AUGUUGGAGGAGCAAGUGAUGGCGCCAUCGAAGGAUAGGAGAUCAGUCCCGGGCCAUGGCCAAGGAGAAUCGUCGGACGCCGUCAUAUCGAGGUCGUCCCAUCAGCGAGAUGUAUCAAGCUCUGUGAGCGAUAGAUUAGGUACCAACCGUCGGAGUGACGAUGGAGGAGAUGGAGAUGAAAAGGGCAGCGACAGCGAUGAUGGCGACGGCGGCAGCAGAGGAAACAGCAAUGGAGGGGACAGGAAUAAGGGGAGCCAGCACAGCAAGGAUGAUGGCGAGCAUCACGACGAUGACCGGGGUAACGGCGGUGGACGAAACAACAACAACGGCAAUGGGAACAACAACGACAAUAACAGAGACAAUGGUGGCAGCAGCAAGAGCGAAAGCUCGGCGACCAGUAUCGUGGUAUCAACCAUGAUUCCUACGCUACCUUCGGUAACCGUACCACCCACGUCGGCCACCACUACAUCAGCUCUCUCAACCUCGUCAGUGCCACUCAUUUCAGUUGUCGAGUCGACAAGUGUGGUCACGACAACUCAGAUGGCCACGAUGACCACGAUCAUACCGAUAAUGACAACUUUUGAUCUCACAGACCAGCCUAGGAAAGGCUUGGAUCCAAACUUCACACCACCUUUUCCUAUAAUUGAGCCACCCACAUCCCUGCAAACCAUCGCGCCAACGGCAACCGACACAACUGCAACCGCAGGCGCAACGGCCAUCGCACAGACCGAGGGCGAUGACAGCGACAGCGACAACGAUAAUGACAACGAUGGUCGCCACAGUGGCGGGAGGAAGGACAGAGGUGACAACCGGCCUCAGCCCGGUCUUGAUCCAACGGCGGAGCAUGCGCUCAUCGCCGUGGGGUCAAUUGGUGGUUUUGUGCUCUUCUGUUUCAUCACCUGGAUUAUCUAUCGCACAGUCAAGAAAUCCAGGCAAGGUCAGAACUUCAACGGACGCAAAGCCGGCUUCUUGACCAAGCUCCCCUGGCGCAAGAAUCAGGGAGAUGCCGCGUGGGAUAACAGAAGCGUAUUCAUGGCGAGUGAUCUUCCACCGUUGUACCAGCAGGGCAGCCAGAACUCGAUGUCAAACGCGGGCUUCUACGGGGGAGACAAGGUCUACCUUCAGCAACAGCCACAACCGGGACCCCUCAGCCGGUCAAAUACGGGCGGCUCGCAAAGAAGCCUGCUGCCGCCAGGAGUGACACCGGGAUCCGUGAUCAUGAUUCCGGCAGAACAAUACAUGGCCAUGAGCCAGACACAGUCGCCCAUUAGCAGUGACCCGAAUAGCACUUUCAGGUCACGCAUGCCGGACCAAUUCUUCAACCAAUCCGAGCUGGCCCGUCAGCCGUCCGAUGCGUAUGAUCCAACCCGCAGGCAGGUACAUCGGGCCAGCGAGCUGUCGUCGCUGUCAUCUGGCUUUGGCGACGGAGACAUUAUUGUGCCCGAGACAUUUGUCAACCCCCCUCAGCCAGCGGCGACGCAGCUACGGCAGUCAAACAACUACACCGCGCGGUUCUCAUGGAUGGGCCGGAGGGAUGCUGGAGAUCGCGAGACGGUAUACACAGCGACGAGCGAGGAUCGGCCGGCCAGAUACCGUUCUGUCGGCAGCUGGGUCAACCAGCAAAGUGGGAGGUUGAAGAGAGCGGAUGAGAGGCAACAGAGUGAGAUGAACGCACCGCCAGUACCAGACCUGCCAUCAGAUACCAGUGGUCAACAGAGGUGA